AAUGAAAUCUGAUCUCCUCUUAGGUAAAAGCGUCGGACAGUUACUGCUUCAGUGAAGCAGGUUCCCCAACUGCGGUUCUUGCAAAUCCACGUUUCUUCUUGAAUAAGGAAGUUGUUCUGCGGGUAAUUAAGGUGUGUUCUCACGACCGGGUGAGGAAAUAAUAGUCUCUUUUACCUAUGGCACUAAAAGGACUAUUCGCUGGAAAAGGAAGUCUCACAGCCGAGAAGCAACGGUGGCUGUUCAGCUCUGUGAGAACUGGGAGGCUUACUUUCGGACAGGCUUGGGAUCUAAUGAAUGAGGACGUGAAGACUAUGGAAAUGCCUAAACUCGCCAUAGACGUCCCGCAGCUCAGCAAUGAGAAGCAGCUCAGUAUCAUGAAUAUGGUGAAGAGAGGGGAGCUGACCAUCGAGGAAGCUUUAAACGAGGCCCGGAAAGAGAAAUCUGAAGUCCUGAAGCAGAACAGGCUAUCCCAUGAGGAAGACAUUACACAAUACAAUUUCAGUGUCUACAAGUACAACAGAUAUCGAUGGCAGAAACGCAUUUUGCAGAUCGAUUUUAAGGCAAAAGUCAUCUGUAGUAUUGAGAAAGGAAUUGUCAAGAGGCAGCUGCCCUUUUCAACUGUGAAGUCGUGUGAUGAUGGGGUAGGGGCCAAGUUCUCCAUCUCAUUUCAGGGAAGGCAUGACUAUGAGCUGGAAGCAUCAUCGCUGGAAGACAAACAGAAUAUUAUGCAGCUAGUUAACACAAUCAUAUACAGCAAUAUUUAUGACUUUCCAAUACCACCCAACUCGGAUACCUAUGAGCAGCCUGCAACAUCAAAUACCAUUCGCGAAGGACCACUGGAUUUACAGAGAGGGGGCUUGGCCUCAGUCACAUGGGUGAGGUGCAUGGCCAGACUUCAAGAGGGAGAGCUUGUCUUGUCUCCUGUUGGUAGCUGCCAAGACAAUGAUGACAUCAAUGCCACAUCCCAGUCCUUGCCUGUGGUCAUACACUUCUCUGAUGGGAAUGCCAGCGUGGAGAAGCACAGAGGCUGUGACACCUUCACAGUGCUCACCAAGAAAAAUGAGUAUCUGUUUCGGGUACCUGCUAGUAAUGAUGUGAACAGCACAGAGGCCAUUAAGAUGGAUCGGAAUGAGUGGGUGCAGGCCAUAGACAAGUUCUGCCUGGAUUGGAAACGCAAAUCUCAGUCAGAAGACAACAGUAUAUAUGAGGUCAUCAGAAUGCCAGAGAUCCAGGAGAACAAGGAGAUAGAACAAGACAGGAAAAAGAAUGACGAAGAGGAAAAGGUAGCAGAAGAAACGAAGCCCGCUGUUUUACAACUGGAAGGGAAGAGAGCCUCUGGAGAAUCAGAUGUUGCCCAGGCUUCAACUCCACAUCCCCCUUCACCUCCUCUAUUUCCUCCUGUGCCUGCAGUUCGCAAAUUUACCCCUGCACUGGUCAGUUCUUUCACCCCUCUGCCUUCUCCCAACGCACCUAUGCCUAUCCCUGGAUUUGCCAUGAAUCCUCCUCCACCACCUCCAGUUCCUGCCCCACCUCCUUUGCACAACAGAUUGAAUGCUAAACCCACAUCAAAGAGAACUAAAGCGUUUCACUGGGACCUGGUGUCCCAAGAAAGGAUUGGGAAAUCUGUGUGGACACGGAGUGAUUCUGGGAAAAUUAAAAUUGACGGAGAGCGGCUGUUUGAGCAAUUCUCCGUUCAGGAUGUGGGAGUCAUUGGAGGGGUGGAGUCGAACAACAACCCUCAGAUCAUGUUAAACCAGAAGAUAGCCCAUAACUUCAAUAUUUUCCUCAAAAGUUUUCCUGUGAGGCCAAAUGAAGUGAAGGAAAAGUUGUCCAUUCUUAAUGAAGAGGAUGGAGGCCUCAGUGAUGAGCAAAUUGCUUCUCUCAGGAGAUAUGUACCCACUCCAGAUGAUGUGGAAAUGUAUAAGUCUUACAAGGGGUUACCCUCAGAGUUGCACCUAGUCGAUCAGUACAUGUUGGAGAUGUGCAAAAUACCAUUCUUGAAUAAUCGAUUAGACGUACUACUCACCAUCAGAGAACUUCCCAUAAGCAUGGAGGACCUGCAGCCACUGAUUGACCAGAAGAUCAAAAUGUGCUCUCAGCUGUUGAAUUGCAAGUCGUUUGUCUCUGUGCUGGAGUACCUUCUUGCUGUGGGCAAUUACCUCAAUGAGAAUGCUGGGAAGGAAAAGGCCAAGGGAUACCGGCUUUCCUCUCUGACAAAACUCUCACAGCUGCGUGGGAAACACAGGAAGUUCACCUUGCUGCAUGCCCUUGUCGAGCAGAUAAUGUUACAUGAUCCUGUCGUGGCACCAUUUUUCCAGGAGUUGACAGAAUUUGAAGCCGUUCCAGGGGCAUCAAUAAAAGGACUUACAGCAGAGGUGGAUGUUCUGAAGAAUGAGCUUCAGAAAAUUAUUCAGUACAAAAAGGCUUACAAACCAAAAAACCAAGGAAAUCAACAUCCAAAGUUUUGUGAAGACUUGAAGAUAGUCAUCCGGAAGUAUAAGGCUGAUCUAUCCCAUCUGACGAAGAAAUGCGAUGAGAUGAAGAAACUCUACUCUGACAUAUUGGUUAAAUUUGGAGAGCCAGGAGAUCAGGAUUCUCAGGAGCUAUUUGGAUGGUUGUGCACAUUCAUCAGUGAUUUCAAGAGGAUUUACAUGGAAAUGGUGCCAUAAGGACCUUUAGAAAAAGCAUAGCAUGUUGUUUUUCAAAAUAUUAUGUUAUUUUGUUGAGACUUUACAAAUAUACAGUAGCCGGGUUUAAUGAAUGAUAAUAAGCUAAUAACACUAUGCAAUGUCUUUCUCUGCAUUUAUCUUUAGUAACAAAAAAAUAGGAUGCACACAGUUUCAAAUGACUUCAUCCUAUUGAUAACUAAAAUCUGCUUAAAGGCCAUCCAAAGCAUGCUAUAUCUACAGCCUUAUGCUAAAAUGAGGCCUGGUGAAAACCACAUUGGUUUUAUGGAUUGAAGAAUAGUUAACAUUUGCCAGCAUUUAAUGUGUUCAGGUUUAUAAACUGGUAAAAGUAAUACAUUUUUUAUUUGUGUGUAAGCUUCAAUAAAGUUAAUGUUUAAACAUAUCGUAGCCCUAAACUACUGAGACCUUAAUGCUUAAUGAAAAAUUAAAUGGAACUUAAUCAAUAAAUACUACCUUUCAUCAUAGCUUAGAAUCCCAAAGGGUUUGUCGAGAGGCUGGAUUACUUUAACCUGAAGUGGAUUAGUCCAGAAUAUGAGCAUUUGUUCUUUUGCUCAAAGAAUUGCCACAGGAGUCUUCAGUGCCCUCUGAAAAGACUUGAAUCUGGAGUAAUAUCUCAAGCUUUAUUAAGUCACCCCCUGUAGCCAAGGCUUCUUUUGCAAUGAGUGGGUUGUGAUGGAACUUGAAUUGGGAUUUUUAGGUCCUAAGAGAAGAAGAUGACUUUAUUUAGAAGAUAUCUUUGAACAUAACCUUUGCCAUCUCCCUGUUUGGAUAGCAUGCAUUUGCUCUGGCUUGUCAAAGUCAGCCCAUCAAUAACUAUGCAGUUUUGCACGAUUCAUUACUGGAAACUUCAUUCUGAAUGGAACUGAAGUGCUAAAAUGUUAUACAUCAAAAUAGUAACUCAAAACAGAGAACAUCCUGUGUCUCCUGCUGCCCCUAAUAAUGCAGUGCUUCUGCUAGAUACAUUUCUGUUAAGUAUUUUUUUGUGUGUCAUGGGCAAUGUAUUAAUAACACUCCGUAACUGUUUAUCAAAAACUUUGAUUUACAGUGUGUGUAUUUUAAAGAGAUUUUUUUUUCCUUGUUAGGGUUCUGAUUUAGUUAAUGCAUACAAAGGAGACUGUGUGCUCCUUUUUACUUGAAGACUGAAUUGCCUUACUUUUGGGGAGUAAAAUGCAUCCAGGAAAAAUGCUUGUAUUCUACUGUGCAGUGUUAAUCUUUCAAACA